UCUCACCUAACAAACAAAAUCUCUCAUUUCCUCUUUUGUAAAAUCUUGAAUUCUUCAAUUUGAUUGAAUGACGGACUAUAGAUUAUGGAGUAAUAGUAAUACUACUAAUACAUCUGAUGAUAAUAUGAUGAUGGAUGCUUUUUUAUCUUCCGAUCCAUCCUCUUUUUGGCCCAAUCGAACCUCGAUUUCUCCGACUCCGGUGAACGGAGGAGUCGGAGAGACGAUGCCGUUUUUUAAUCAAGAAUCACUACAACAAAGGCUUCAGGCUUUAAUUGACGGUGCUCGUGAAUCAUGGGCAUAUGCUAUUUUCUGGCAAUCAUCGUCGACGUCGGAUUUUGCGACCCCAUCUGUGUUGGGUUGGGGAGAUGGGUAUUAUAAAGGGGAAGAAAAUAAGAACAAGCGUAGAGCGUCGUCUAGUUCAGCUAAUUUUGUUGCUGAGCAAGAGCAUAGAAAAAAGGUGCUUCGUGAGCUGAAUUCAUUAAUUUCCGGUGUACAGGCCGCCGGCGCCGGAAGUGUAGGUGAUGAUGCGGUGGAUGAAGAAGUGACGGAUACUGAAUGGUUUUUUCUGAUUUCAAUGACCCAAUCGUUUGCUAAUGGAAACGGGCUUCCGGGCUUGGCGAUGUACAGUUCAAGCCCGAUUUGGGUUACUGGAACAGAGAAAUUAGCUGGUUCUCAAUGUGAACGGGCCAGGCAAGCUCAAGGUUUCGGGCUUCAGACUAUUGUAUGCAUUCCUUCAGCUAACGGUGUAGUCGAGCUUGGUUCGACUGAGCUGAUAUUCGAAAGCUCGGAUUUGAUGAACAAGGUUAAAUAUUUGUUUAACUUCAAUAUUGAUAUGGGCUCUGUUACGGGCUCAGGUUCGGGCUCGUGUGCUGUGCAUCCCGAGCCCGAUCCUUCGGCCCUUUGGCUUACGGAUCCAUCUUCCUCAGUUGUGGAAGCUAAGGAUUCGUUAAUUAAUAGUAGUAGUAGGGAUGUGCAACUUGUGUUUGGAAAUGAGAAUUCUGAAAAUGGUACUCAAAAUCAGCAGCAUUCUCAACAAACACAAGGAUUUUUCACUAAGGAGUUGAAUUUUUCGGGUUAUGGAUUUGAUGGAAGUAGUACUAGGAAUAAAAAUGGAAAUUCUUCGAUUUCUUGUAAGCCGGAGACCAGGGAGAUAUUGAAUUUUGGUGAUAGUAGUAAGAGAAGUGGAAGCUUGUUUUCAGGCCAAUCACAGUUCGGGCCUGGGACCGGGCUCGGGCUCAUGGAGGAGAACAAGAACAAGAACAAGAAAAGGUCACUUGCAUCAAGGGGAAACAAUGAAGAAGGAAUGCUUUCGUUUGUUUCGGGUGUGAUCUUGCCAACUUCAACAAUGGGGAAGUCUGGUGGAGGUGGAGAUUCGGAUCACUCAGAUCUCGAGGCCUCAGUGGUGAAGGAGGCCAUUGUAGAACCUGAAAAGAAGCCGAGGAAGCGAGGGAGGAAACCGGCCAAUGGAAGGGAGGAGCCAUUGAAUCACGUGGAGGCGGAGAGACAGAGGAGGGAGAAAUUGAAUCAAAGAUUCUACGCGCUCAGAGCCGUAGUCCCAAAUGUCUCAAAAAUGGACAAGGCAUCACUUCUUGGAGAUGCAAUUGCAUACAUCAAUGAGUUGAAAUCAAAGGUUCAAAAUUCAGAUUUAGAUAAAGAGGAGUUGAGGAGCCAAAUUGAAUCUUUAAGGAAGGAAUUAGCCAACAAGGGAUCAUCAAACUAUUCCUCCUCCCCUCCAUCGAAUCAAGAUCUCAAGAUUGUCGAUAUGGACAUUGACGUUAAGGUGAUUGGAUGGGAUGCUAUGAUUCGUAUACAAUGUAGUAAAAAGAAUCAUCCAGCUGCGAGGCUAAUGGCAGCCCUCAAGGACUUGGACCUAGACGUGCACCACGCUAGUGUUUCCGUUGUCAAUGAUUUGAUGAUCCAACAAGCGACAGUCAAAAUGGGGAGACGGCUUUACGCUCAAGAGCAGCUUACGAUAGCAUUGACAUCAAAAUUUGCUGAAUCGCGAUGAAAUUAUCUCGGUAGUGAGCUCUGUAUAAUGUAUCUUUUCUGUAUAUAAAUGUGAAACCAAUACUAGAGAUCUCAAGUUGAGGCUUUUUAGUUCAUGUAAGAUUAGAGAUAUUAUGCAGCUUCAUCCUUUUGUAUUCUUCAUCCAGGAAAUAAAUUAUGAGAAACCAAUAAUUGGUGGCUGAUGAA